CGCGUUAACGGACGUUGCAAGUUCAAAAGGAUAAUCAUAAUAGUAAUAGCAGCAUUUAUUUUAGUUCAAAGUGGUACAGAAACUCAAAAAAAUGCACGAUAAAGAUGUACUAUAUUAUUUUUGGAGCUCCAUGUCGAAUUUGCGAACAGAAGUAUCUACUUGAUUCACAAAUUUAUAAUAUAAAUCAAGCCAUUCUUUAGAUUUUCUAUCUGUAAUCUAUUACGUCUUUUAUAUUCACUUUGAAAUCACCGGAAUAUGACUACAACAUCAAGUAACGGAAUUUCUGCGUCAAGAAAUAUCAGAAAUUUCAUAUUUUCUCGUAACGAAAAGGAUUUUCAACAAUUUUGUACUAUGGAUAAUUAUGAAGAUGCCAUUGUUACUUUAUUUGAGGAGUUGGAUGCUUUUGAUGUUCCUGAUUUAAGUGACAUCCCAUCAAAACCAUUAGUGACCAAAGAACCAGAAUCAGCUGAUCUCAUGAAAUGCCUUUUUGUUAAAUUAAUGAACUCAGCUUGGAAUUUAAUUCAUCAACACAGAAGUCUUAUGAAGAAUCAUGAAAAAUUAAAAGAGCAACAUUCUCGAGUAUUAAAUGAUAAUACAGGACUGACAAAUCAAGUGAGAAGACUUAAAGAAGCAAUUGGAAGGAAAGAAAAUCAUAUUAGCGAAGUAUUAGAAAGAGAACGACAAUUAAAGGUGAAACUUGGAAGCAUGAAUAAAGAUUUAAAACGAGAGAAAGAAGAGACUGUAAAAUUAAAGAAACAAAUUCAAUCCAAAGACAUUCAACAUGCUCAUGAAAUACGUCGCAUUCAACAAAGUGGUAAUAAGCUUCGUGAACAGUUACAGAAGACUGUUGGAACAUAUGUACCAAAGAAUAGAGCAGCACAACAACUGCAGACUGAAUAUGAGGAUAAGAUUCGUACUUAUAAACAAACAAUUAAUCGUUUGGAGGAGAACAAUGGGCUGAUGCUUCAAGAAAUAAAUGAAUUAAAAGAUGCAUUAGACCUUCAUGCUGGUGGACUUGCACUUCAUGUAGAAUCAUCAGGUAUUUGGGAUGAAUCGACUUCAUAAUCAUCAAAUGGGUCAAGUGAUCAUCAAGAAGAGAAUCAUCAAGCAGUGAUAAUAAAUGAUUUUGAAGAUUGUAGUUUACGGUAGUUAUUUCAAUAUAAUUUUAUUAUUACUAUUAAAUAAUUAAGACAAA